UAAUUCUGCGAUGAGCAAAAUCGGCGUUAUCCGAUCAGAUCGUUGAAUUGAAUCUUCGAGAAGACUCUUCUUUUGAUUCAAUCACUCACCGGAGAAGAAGAAGAAGCUAUGCCGGUGUUCAAAGCUCCGUUCAAUGGCUACUCUGUGAAAUUCAGUCCAUUCUACGAGUCACGCCUCGCCGUCGCUACAGCUCAGAACUUCGGAAUUCUCGGAAACGGCCGAAUCCAUGUCCUCGAGCUCGCUCCUGGAGCUCCAGGCGUAACUGAAUCCGUCUCGUACGAUACAGCCGACGCUGUAUACGACGUAUGUUGGUCAGAAUCUCAUGACUCUGUGCUCAUCGCCGCAAUUGGUGACGGCUCAGUGAAGAUUUACGACACAGCUCUUCCUCCUCCUUCUAAUCCGAUUAGAUCAUUCCAAGAGCACGCGCGUGAGGUUCAAUCUGUGGAUUACAAUCCCACGCGGCGCGAUUCGUUUCUCACUUCUUCGUGGGAUGAUACGGUUAAGCUUUGGGCUAUGGAUCGUCCGGCGAGUGUAAGGACUUUUAAGGAACAUGCUUAUUGCGUUUAUCAAGCAGUUUGGAAUCCUAAACAUGGUGAUGUGUUUGCUUCUGCUUCUGGAGAUUGUACUUUAAGGAUUUGGGAUGUUAGAGAACCUGGAUCAACUAUGAUCAUCCCUGCUCAUGAUUUUGAGAUUUUGUCUUGUGAUUGGAAUAAGUAUGAUGAUUGUAUUUUAGCUACUUCUUCAGUGGAUAAGACAGUUAAGGUUUGGGAUGUUAGGAGUUAUAGAGUUCCUUUGGCUGUGCUUAAUGGUCAUGGAUAUGCGGUGAGGAAGGUGAAAUUCUCGCCGCAUAGGAGGAGUUUGAUAGCUUCUUGCUCUUAUGAUAUGAGUGUUUGUCUUUGGGACUAUAUGGUGGAAGAUGCUUUGGUUGGUAGGUAUGAUCAUCAUACAGAGUUUGCUGUUGGGAUCGAUAUGAGUGUUCUUGUUGAAGGUUUAAUGGCGAGUACUGGUUGGGAUGAGCUUGUUUAUGUUUGGCAGCAAGGGAUGGAUCCUAGAGCCAGUUGAUUCAUAAGUAAGUUUGUGAUUGCAAAACAGUUUCAUCUUUAUUUGUUGUGGAAUUGGUUUGGUUUUUGUUAAAGGAAUGUAGUUGGAAUAAAGUUGGGAUCUUGCUUAAGAAGAAAUGUAAGUUACUGAGAGUUUCACAUAUGAACAAGGUUAUCUUUCGAAUUGUGAUUGAUGGUAAUAGUAGAUAGAUUGCUUAUGUUCUAGUGUAUAUGUUAACCUGUUACAAUGAGACCUGAUUAACAUAUAUAUUAGGACUAAGAUAUAUGUUAAUCUUCUAUAAUGUCCAAAGUAAUGACAUAAUAUAUAUAAAGUCAAUUACUUUAGGGUAAUGUACCUUUUAUAGUAUACUGUAGAAUUCGAAUUUUGUUCUUUUUCAUAGUUGAUUGACUUUAUUGAGUGGCAUAAAUGUACAUAUUUAUAACUUUCUAGAGCAUAUUGCAGUUUCG